GAGAACAGACGUGUUUCUCGUUUAUCCUGAGCUCAGUCGAGAUCUCGUGUCGCUUCGUAUUCUCGUCUUCUCACCGCUCCCUGUUGUACGCGCACCGCUCAAAUACACGCGUGUGAUAUAUUGCGCCUAAGUGGCCAGCGGUGUUUUAUUUGCUCGUGCAAUUAUCGAAUUAAUCUCGAUCGGUCAUAGUGCAAUCCCGAAAAUUUUCCGGAACACCUCACGUGACCGUUCGCGCGAGAUACUCUCGUGAUCCGCGGAGCCAUAGGGCGACCCCCCUGUAUGUGUUACAUCUUUACGAGUGACGUGAACCAACUGGUGCAGCCGUCAACCGGACAACUGCGGGGACAUUGAACGCGACGAUCACGACGCGUCCGUGCUCCGGAAAUUUCUCUCAGAGUCACGAAAAUUCUGACGCACGUGCUCCAUUGACAGUGCAUUCGAGCAGCCAAUCGACAACCGUGACGAAGGACAAGUUUCAUACGCGUUCUCAGCAGGUGAUUGUCUUAAAGCGAGAGUGAUCUUUCUUUUUUUUUCUUUUUUUUUCCCUUUUUGUUUCGAGAACGUUCGAUGCAUGGACAGUUUCAUCAGAACUUCGAAAAAAAUUUUGUUCCGAGAAUCGUCUGAAAGGGUAGAAUAAUAACAUUUACGGAGGGUCCGCAGCGUGCGCGCGCGCCACGUGCGAUCCGGGAUGUUGAGCAUUGAGAGCCGGUAAACUUAAAACUGUUCACGUGCAGCAUUUCUAACGCGUUCACAAUUCUACGACUUACAAAACAAGACCAAGUAGAAACUCCGAACAAGGGGGAGGGGGGGGUCUUUGAAAAGUGGAGACGUAGACAGUGAACAGUGAACUCAACAACAGAACAUUGCUUGGUUCGGUUACAGUGCAUCAACUCCGGGCCAGGCGGGAGUGGUAACGAGCUUGGACUCGGGCUACAACUGUACGCAAUUGCUCCGAUCGUAGAAUAGACGAGAGAAGACACCAUGGCGAUACCGUUUUUGCCCAACAACGACGAGAACACGUCGUCGGAAGAGCAGCUGAUGUAUCAGCUGUAUGUAACCCUGCACAAUGCCCUCCGGAGCAGGAACGCCCACCAUCCGUCGCGAAAUCAUCGGGCGCCGCGUCGAUCCGGUUCUGGGUCUCAGCAACCUCUGGUGAUCUGGCUGCAGCCCGGCAACGUCGAAGACUUGUCGAGCUUGCCGCUACCAGACCUGGUGCAAUCGGCCGUGGAUCAGCUACCACCGCCGUCACCCCACGUGACAGUUUCUGUCCCUAGCAGCCCGAUGAGAGACGCGACCUUCCAGUUCCCUGAGUGUAACGUCAACAGCAACGGUGCACCGUUGCCGAGCCCAAGGCCACGGCCACGAAGACGUUUCGCCUCGGAGAGCUCCGUCAUGGAGACGGGCCCGACCGAGGUGAGCAACUGCAACGGUACCACCUGCCGCUGCCACCUCGGCCUGAUCCUCAACGAGAGGCAGUCGUGGACGAGCGUGGGUGCCAAUCUCAGGAACAUCGCCGGUGAUUUCCACGCGUGCAGGACCAAGGACGCCGAGAUCGAGAAAUCGACGCUACCGGUGAUCGGUCCAGGUUUGAACGGUCGCAACAGCAACUCGUCAUCCACCGACAGCCUGCUGUCGCUGUUGAUUCCGACGCCAUUACGAGAGACCCUUUGGGCAACGGUGGCUCUAUACCUCGGCUGGAGACUCGUCUCCCGCCUGCGAUAGAUGCGCCGGCGCCCGGUUUCGUCCAACCGUUCUGGGUAAUCCUACGGGCUCGAUCGUCGAUUGCGUCGACGACUAGAACGGGGAUAUUGGGGGUUUAUAAUUAAAAGAAAAUGGACGGACCGCCAGCACUUCUUUCCGUGUCUGCGAUCGCGGACAAUCCUGUAUGGAAUCCUCUGGACGGAUCGUUUCGAGAGGAACGAGAAGGAGGAAGAGGAGAAGAGGCAGUCCACGGUACUCUGGAUCUCUCUAUGUCAUCGGAUGAUGGAUUUAAUUGAGGUAGAGCGCGUCGAGAAGACGAAACAUUCUUUUAUUGAACAUCCACUCCGAUAAUAUGAUUGUAAUUUUAUAUUGUCUAUCUUUGUAUUUCGCGCCUACGUUGCGCGGUUACGCGAGAAUGCGCUUGAUCGACUUUGAUCGGUUCCUGAGGGACCAUGCGACUGCAAAUAAAAUUUGAUAUCUUUUGGUCAUGACGAUGAAAGUAGUGAUAAUUAUUUGCUUCU